AUGGGGGAAGGGGUGUGGGUGGGUGAAUGGGUGGAUGUGAGGGUUGGGGGGUGGGAGUAUGGGAGAUGGGUGGGGGGGUGGUGGGUAUAUGGGAGGAUGGGUGGGUGGGUGGGUGGGAGUAUGGGAGAUGGGUGGGUGGGUGGGUGGGAGAUGGGAGGAUUGGGUGGUGGGUGGGUGGGAAGGAUGGAGGAUGGUGGUGAGGUGGGUGGAGUAUGGGAGGAUGGUGGUGGUGGGUUGGGGAGGGGGAGAGUAUGGGAGGAUGGGUGGGUGGGUGUGGAGGAAGGGGAGGAAGGGGGGGGGGGUGGGGUGGGUGGGGGAAGGGGAGUUGUGGAGGGAGGUUUAGUAUGUGAUGGGAUGGGUGGGAUAUGA